AUGCGGUGCUGCCGGUGCAGAUGGAUUUUACUGGAAACCACUGCGUGUGCAUUUGUGUCCGAUGCGCCGGAGCAGCGCUUGCGGCAUGGACUCAUCGAGACGAUAUACCGGUACCCGCAGCAUGAGGCAGUUCGGCCUCAUACAGAUCGCUUGAUGCAGGUGAUGCUCAAGAUUGUCCAGGAAGAUACCGAAGACAAUGCCACGCUUGCAUUCAAGGUGAUCAUCGACCUGCAUCGCGCGUUUAAAGCGGUGCUGCAGUCGCAAGUCCAGCCGUUCCUUGAGCUUGUACAAAAGCUAUACCUAAAUAUGCGGUCGGCGGUCGCUGAGGCGUUCGGCACAGAGCAGUCACCGGGGAAGGCUGUGGCUGUGCCGGGUGAGGAGGAUGCGCUGCUCACACUAUCGGAAGGACAGGACCAUACGCCAGGCGGCACCGCUUCAUUAUCUGCAACAGCGACAGCAUCGGCCUCGACAACGACAUCGGCGUCUUCGACGACGGCUGCUGCUCCUUCAGCGCCGCGGACACUGUUGAAAAGCUCACAAAGCUUCAAGGUGCUGACAGAGUGCCCCAUUGCGAUUGUGCUGAUUUUCCAGACAUACAGGCACGUCGUAAGCUCGGCGAUCAAUAUAUUCGUGCCGCUGAUCUUUGAACAUUGCCUCACAUUGCAGGCGCUUCCGCAACGGCAAGCGCACGAGGCAGCGCGGCAGCGGGGACAAAUCUUCGUGGGCAUAGCACCGGGCAUCAAGAACCGCGCUCUCUUUGGCGAAAUGGUAACGACGCAGGUCAAGACGAUGUCGUUCCUUGCGUACGUGUUGCGAGGCUCAGCGCCCAUUGUGCGGCAGUAUGCACAUUUGCUGCCGGAAGUGAAUGUGCGCUUGCUGAAGGACUGUCCCCCCGAGAAUGCAGUGACGAGAAAGGAGCUGUUGGUGGCGACACGGCAUAUUCUGUCAACCGACUUUCGCGUGCACUUUGUUGGCCAGAUUGACACGCUGCUGGACGAGCGUGUGCUACUGGGCACGGGCAUCACGAUCCGCGAGCUUCAGCGCCCACUUGUUGUCAGCAUGCUGGCGGAUCUUAUGCAUCAUGUACGGCAGGAGCUGACGACGGAGCAGAUCACGCGGGUAAUCAACCUGCAUGCCCAGCUCUUGCAUGAUCCGACGCUCGCACCGAGUAUUCAGACGAUGUGUGUGAAGCUGUUGUUGAACUUGGUGGAGACGAUCGUCGUGAAGCAUGCGGACCGGUCGGUUGUGAUGCUGCAGGGCAUCUUCUCUACGUUUCUCGACAAGCUACCGGAGCUCGCAAGGCUGGGCGAGGACCUGCGGCAGCUGCGGGGCCGGACGGAGAGCAACGACGAGAACGAUGUCGACGUGCAGGCGAAGGAUAGUGCAGAGCAGACGCAGAUGGCGCAACUGGCCAUCACGAUCGAGCAGGCCAAGCUGAUCCAGUCUUCGGUAGCUGUGCUGGAGCAUGUGGCCGAUCCCAUGAAGAAUGCACGCUUUUUGUUCCGCAACUUGCUGUUUGGGUUCAAGACGCUUGUGACGGUGUUCAAACACCGUGGGAUUCCUGAGCCAGAUGGCGAGGUGAUGGGCCGCGUGUUUGUGGGCGGCGUGCGCUGCUGCCUGCUACAAACGCAGCGCGACGGGCGUGAGGAGAAAGACAUGAUCGACCUGUUCACGAACAUCUUCAUUGAUCUGCCACCCGAGACGUUCCAUGAGGUAUUUUCGACGCACAUGCCGUUCCUGUUCGAGCAAAUUCUGCAAGCGCCGGCGCUGCUGGGCAUUCCUCAGAACCUGCUGUCGAACGAUGCGGUAACACGGCGCUUUGUGGACAUCCUGCUCAAGUUCCUCGUGCAGCGCCUCGAUGCGCUCGGCACGCCCGACAAGACGCCUGCGUCUGUGAGUCUGCGGCUGUUCAAGAUGGCGUUCAUGGCGGUGACGAUCUUCCCGGAGGAAAACGAGUCGGUGCUGGAGCCGCACCUGACGCAUCUGAUCAUGCAUUCACUGAAGUGUGCGUCCAAGGCCGAGGAGCCGACGAACUACUUCCUCCUGCUCCGGGCACUGUUCCGCAGCAUAGGUGGCGGGCGCUUCGAGCUCCUGUACAAGGAUGUGUUGCCGCUGUUGCCUGUGCUGCUGGAGAAGCUAAAUCUCUUGCUGGAUGCGGCUGAUCCCAGCCACCGCGAUCUGUUCGUCGACUUGUGCCUGACGGUGCCUGUACGCCUGAGUGUCCUGCUGCCGUACUUGGAUCAACUGAUGCACCCGCUCGUCUUGGCGCUCCGCUCGUCGUCCGAGCUUGUGAGCCAGGGGCUCCGGACUCUGGAGCUGUGCAUCGACAACCUGACGCAGGAGUUCCUCGAUCCCAUUAUGCAGCCGUACAUCCAGGACAUCAUGGCGGCGCUCUGGACGCACCUGAAGCCGCUCCCACACAACCAUCAGCAUUCACACACGACGAUGCGGAUCCUCGGCAAGCUCGGUGGACGGAACCGGCGCUUCCUGCAGCAGCAGCCGACGCUCGCGUACCACGCAGGCACGACGCCGUCGAUCGCCCUUGGCAUGAAUGGCUCUGUUGACAAAGUGUGCUCUGCUGCCGGCGAUGGACCUGGCGCUUGCAAAGCUCGCGGAUGCCGACGAGGCGUACCACCGGCCGGCGUUCGAUGUGCUCACGACGGCGGCCGUCGUGCUUGUGAACGACGCCCUGGACCACGAGCUGCGCGCGGAGCUGCGGCGCAUCACGAUCGGCCUGUUCCGUGCGGCGUCGCAUGA